CUGAAGGGUCGAGUUUUCAUCGUGACCGGUGGUGCGCAAGGCCUAGGGUUGAGUCUGGCAGAGGCGCUCGUCGAAGCCGGCGGCAAGGUCUACUGCCUGGACCAACAAGAAUCGCCCCAUGAAGACUUCGCUAAGGCGAUGGAACGCGUCGUCCCUGAGUGGGGUGGUACUCUCCGCUACAGACAAGCAAACGUCGUAGAUACUGAUGGACUUGACGAGGUCAUCUCUGGUAUCGCUCUGAAGAACGAAAGACUGGACGGUGUGAUUGCUGCGGCCGGUAUCAAUCAGAUCACACCUGCCAUUGAUUACACCGUCGAGGACAUCAACAAGAUGAUGGCAGUCAACUACACCGGAGUUUUCAUGACUGCGCAGUCCGCGGCGAGACAGAUGAUCAAGUACAAGUGCCACGGCAGCAUCUGCUUGAUUGCCAGCAUGUCGGGGUUCGUCGCCAACCACGGCAUGCUCUCACCCGUUUACAACUCUUCCAAGGCCGCUGUUAUUCAACUUGCUCGGAACCUGGCCAUGGAAUGGAGUCCGAUGAGGAAAGAUGGUUCUGGUGGUAUCCGGGUCAACUGCAUCUCUCCUGGACACAUCAUGACACCAAUGGUGGAACAGAACUUCAAGGAGGUGCCUGGUUUGAGAGAAGAAUGGGAGGGCCAUAACAUGUUUGGAAGGCUUGCGGACACGACUGAGUUCAAGGGUGCCGGUUUGUUCUUGAUGAGCAACGCCAGCACUUUCAUGACUGGCAGCUUUUACUAUGGCGGUUAUGGCCUUCUGUUGCUUCCCUCAAUGGGCAUUGCAGACGCGUACGGCGGAAAGACGACCGAGUACUACAACGCUUUCGGUUUCUACCUGGUUGUUUGGUCAAUUUUCAAUCUCUUCUUCUUCAUCGCCUCGUUUGCCACAAACGUCGCAAACAUUGUAGUGUACGGUGGCCUGGAGUUUUCCUACAUUCUCAACUGCUCCGCCAACUUCGCCAUGGCUGACGAUCAUGCGGCGCUGGGCAUAACGCUCACGAAAGUUGCCGGAGCUUUUGGGUUCAUCUCCGCGCUGACUGGAUUCUAUACUCUGGCGCAUGAGCUAUGCAGCGAGGUGCUGCCGUUUGAAAUCCCGCUCGGUGAUACAUCCCGCUUCUUCCAGAAAGCGGAUCCGCAUGCACAUCGCAACUAG